AUGGCUACAAAAGGAGAGCAGGAAUGGAUUGAGGUUUCAAGGAGGAGGAAGGUUAGGGGGAACAGUGGGAAGCAAUGGGAUACAAAUAGAAGUAGAUUCAGAGGGGAGACGUCUAAAACAAUGACAACGACAUCCUUUUUCUUUUCCGAAAUUCCUGAACAAUACGGAGCAAGGGAGAUGUAUGACAUUUUCAAGGAUUUUGGAGAUAUUGAUGAGGUGAUCUUUCCACCUAGAAGAGACAAAAGAGGAAAACGCUUUGGUUUUGUAAGAUUCUUCAAUGUUCUAGACGAGAGACUAUUGGCGGUAAAGCUUGACAAUAUUUUCAUUGGGUCAAGAAAGAUUCACGCCAACAUUCCGAGGUUUAACAGGGAGAGCAGGAGUGGCAGAGAUAGGAGAAUGGAUCAACAGUUGUUGGGAAAAAGGAGAGAGCAUAAAGUUGCACCGAAGGAGCAAAAUCAAGAUGACCGGAGAAACGGUUUUGACCAACGUAACAAUGAGGGUCAGGGUGCUAGACAAAGAUUAUCAUAUGCACAAACAGUUAGAGGUGCCCAAAACAAUAAAACAGUGAUUGACAGACAAGUACACACCAAGAAGAUCCCAUUUGCUCACUUGGAAUAUAACAUGGAGGAGGAAGAUUUAGAAAGAUUCCAAAAAGCUUUUGUUGGGGUUGUAGAGGUGCCAGGCGAUACUUACAACUUGCAGGAAAGAUUCACCAAGGAAGGGUAUUUUGGAGUGAAAGUGACUCCAAUGGGUGCUAACUUAUGUUUGCUGGAAGAAAAUGAAGAAGGCAUGAUUAAGGAUAUCAUUGAGGAGGCUCGAGAGUGGAUACAACAAUGGUUUUCGGAAAUUAGACCUUGGAGAGCUAACGAUGUUGAUAAUGAAAGAGCUACAUGGUUGAGGGUCUACGGUCUCCCAUGUCAUGCAUGGAAGGAUAAAGUGUUUGAAUUCCUAGCAACGUCUGUCGAAACGUUCAUUUGUGCUGAUGAAGUCACCAGAAAACACAAGAAUAUGGACGUCGCUAGAAUCCUGAUUAGAACUAAGUAUUGCUUGGUUCUGAAUGAAACUUAUAACAUAUCCAUUAAUGACAAUGUCUUUAGGAUCAAGGUGGUGGAAGACAACCAUGGGCCUUUGCGUAUAGCUUUGAAUCAUGAAGGGAAGAUUAUGGAAAGCAAAGAUUCCGAUGAGGUUUCAGAAGAAUGGAACGACGAUUCCUCAGAUGGAGAUAUGCUUUCGUUUGUCCAAGAGUCCGUUGAAGAAACUACUGGUCGGGCGGCGAAGCGACGUGCUUUGAGAGAAUCAACACUAAAGGCUAGUAUAGAAGGGGGGUGUGCAGCUGGAUGA